AGCGAGGACGAGGUAUCAGUUUUCACAUCACAGCCGCCAUUUCGUGAAGAAAGUCUGAGGCGAGCGACUUAGAGGCGUAGAGAAAUUCAGUCCGAUUUAACAGAAAAAGCGAAAUAACAUAGCGAAUUGUAGUAUUAUUUUUUAUUUAUAAACUCCUGCGACUUUUUAGAACAGCGACAGGACCCUGAUGUUGCUUGCCCCGCUGACUUCUGGGAACGAGACGCUGUGAACCGCAGCCCUGCAGAGACAGACACUUGAUAGCUUCUAGCUCUGAAGCCAGACCUCCCUCCCAGCACCCCCCCACCCCCCCCCCCACAGUGAGAGUACCCCACAGCAGCAGAUAACAUGGAUCUGUCCCCAACCAGCCUGAUGGCGGGCAAUAUAACCAACAAGAACGACCCUCGCUCCCUGAACUCCCGCGUGUUCAUCGGAAACCUCAACACCCUGCUGGUGACCAAGGCCGACGUGGAGGCCAUCUUCAGCAAGUACGGCAAGGUCGUGGGCUGCUCCGUGCACAAGGGCUUCGCCUUCGUGCAGUUCCUGAACGAGAGGACCGCGCGCGCCGCCGUGGCUGGGGAGGACGGCCGCAUGAUCGUGGGGCAGGUGCUGGAUAUUAACUUGGCAUGUGAACCGAAACCUCAUCGAUCAAAGUCUGGGAAGCGCUCAUCUGGAGACAUGUAUGGUUCUUCGUAUGAUCUGGAUUAUGACUUUCAGAGAGACUACUACGACAGGAUGUACUCGUACCCGUCCCGCGUCCCUCCCCCUCCCCCUCCUCCCCCGUCCAGGCCGGUGGUCCCGUCCAAGAGGCCGCGGGUCAGCGCUAGUGGGGGUGGCCGUCGCACCAAGAGCAGCUUCUCGAAGGGCAGCCAGCGAAGCUCCUCACGCAGCGUGAAAGCUGAUGACCUGCAGACCAUUAAGAAGGAGCUGACUCAGAUUAAACACAAGGUGGAUUACCUGCUCGAGAGCCUGGAGAGGAUGGAGAAGGACCACGGCAAGAAGUCGGAUACGAAGAGCAGCAAGCCGGACGAGCCUCAGCCCCAGCACAGCAGCAGCAGCAGCAGCUCCAAGAAGGAGGAGGCAGUGAAGAUGCAGAGCGAGGCGGUGGGAGACUCGGACGAUGAUGAAGGGGACCUGCUGGACGAGGAGGAGGAGGAGGAGGUGAAGAGCCGUGGGGGGCGUGAGGAAGAAGAGAACGACGAAGAAGACCGGGAGCAGGAAGAGGGGGAGGAUGAUGGGGACAGUGCUAACGGAGAUGACGACUCUUAAGAUACCCUGCCUGCUCUCUGGCAGUGACUCCCCUCCCUUCCCCUGUGAAACGAAUUAAAUCAACCCUCCCUGCCCCUCUGAAAUUAAUUACAUCAACUCUUCCCUCCCCUCCCCUCCUCUCCCUGCCCCUCUGAAACUAAUUACAUCAACUCUCCCCUCCCUGUGACUGUGUGUCUCUCUGACCUGUCUCUUCCCUUUGUCUCUCCUGUUUUUAUUUUUGAUACCUCCUUAAAUAAACCAUGUGUUUUAUAUCCUA